UCGCGGUUCUGUGCCCCCCCCCCCCGUCACCGCUGCUACCACAGAAAAGCGUCGAUACCACAGAGACAUUGGAUAGCCCGGUCGUUCACUGCAGCGCCACCAACUAUCCGCCAGACAGCAGAGACGGAAAGCGAGAACAGCGGUGAUAAACAAAUGCACGCAUUUGGUCGAAAGGAGCUGCAGAGAGGGUGUCUAGUUUUGUGAAUGGUCUGUCACACUAACAGCACCCGAGACAGCACUUUGCAGACUCGGAAACCGACGGUUAUUUCAUGGUAGCAGAAGAUCCUCAUAACCGGAUUAGGGCUGACAUUCAAUUCUAACCGUGUUACUGUACAGUGGCUGCUAGUUUUUCCUUCGGAAUCAUAUGUGUUGUUGUGAGUGAAAUAAGGAGGAAGACAUGACGGAGCUAAGGAAGAGAGGGGGAGGUGGGGACACUGACCUCGUCAGUGAAACCAUUAGUGACAAGGAAACGGAUGUAGAGGACAGAUUGGGGCUGCCUGGUGAGCCUGGCGUUGAAGCCGAUGGAGACAGUGAGUCUAAAGCAGACACCCCAGAGGUACCCCCAUCCACUGCUGACAAUACUCCGCAGUUCCUCAACAAGGCCGUGGAGGGACUCAACCCCAGAUGGAAGAACUGGUGGAUCCGAGGGGUUUUAUCAUUGGCCAUGAUAUCAGGAUUCUUCAUGAUGAUUUACCUUGGACCUGUCAUGCUCAUAUUGGUGGUGAUGAGUAUCCAGAUCAAGUGUUUUCAGGAAAUCAUAGACAUUGGUUACAGAGUCUAUCAUUCCUACGAGCUCCCCUGGUUCAGAACACUCAGUUGGUACUUCCUGAUCUGUGUGAACUACUUCUUCUAUGGUGAGACUUUGGCAGAAUACUUUGGUGCACUGGUGCAGAGAGAGGAGCCGCUCCAGUUUUUGGUCCGAUACCAUAGAUUCAUCUCCUUCGCGCUUUACCUGGCAGGUUUCUGCAUGUUUGUCCUGAGUUUAGUGAAGAAACAUUACCGUCUGCAGUUCUACAUGUUUGCCUGGACCCAUGUGACCCUACUGAUCGUGGUGACCCAGUCUCACCUUGUCAUUCAGAACCUGUUUGAAGGAAUGAUCUGGUUCCUUGUCCCUGUUUCCAUAGUGAUCUGCAAUGACAUCAUGGCCUACCUGUUUGGUUUCUUCUUUGGCAGAACGCCACUCAUUAAGCUGUCUCCCAAGAAGACCUGGGAGGGUUUCAUCGGUGGGUUCUUUGGAACCCUGGUCUUUGGCUUCAUUUUGGCGUACCUGUUAGCUCAGUUCCAGUACUUCGUCUGUCCAGUGGAAUACAACAGCGAGACCAACCGUUUCACAGCGGAGUGUGAACCCUCCGAUAUCUUCGUGAUGCACGAGUACACACUGCCCUUCGCUGUCCAGAACAUCAUCCAAUGGAAAACGGUGAAUCUGUACCCUUACCAGAUACACAGCGUGGCUCUGUCCACAUUCGGCUCUCUGAUUGGUCCAUUUGGGGGAUUCUUUGCCAGCGGCUUCAAACGGGCCUUCAAGAUCAAAGACUUUGCAGACACAAUCCCCGGUCAUGGCGGGAUAAUGGAUCGCUUUGACUGUCAGUACCUGAUGGCCACCUUCACCCACGUCUACAUAGCCAGCUUCAUCAGGGGUCCGAAUCCCAGCAAGGUCUUACAGCAGCUGUUAGUCCUUCAGCCUGAGCAGCAGCUCAGCAUCUUCAACACCCUGAGGGAGCGCCUGAGGGACCGGGGCAUGCUGCCCCCUGCUGCCACGGAGGCCAUCUAGACCACAAAUUCAAGAGCGGGAGACGUUGUGUGUGUUAUUGCAUGCGCGUGUGUUUGCGUGCGUAUUCGAGUUGGAGAGUUUGACUGUGUGUUUCGGAGAGUGUGUGUGUGUGUGUGUGUGUGUGUGUGUGUGUGUGUGUGUUUGGCCAGCAUUUGCUUCCAGACACUCGUCACUCUACCCCUUCCCAGCGUUUUCUUCCCCUUCUACCUUUUAACCAGUAACUGUGAACUACGGUGCUGCUCGCAGCUACAAGGCGUUACCUUCACAAACAAUAGCAUCAUCAAGAACAACAUCUCUGUCUGACCGUCACUGCUUCCCACAGGGAUCUGCAUGAGGACUUCCUUACACAAACCGCAUCGUCCCCACCUUAAGCAAGAACGCAGACACGCUUCGGCUAGCCAAAGACUAACGGCUGCUCCAAAUAAAGUAACGUCUUCCUAAACUGAAUGGAUCCCAUGUAAGCACACCGAUAGUUUUUGUGCUGUAAGGGGUGGUCACUGACCGACUGAUUCUUCAACUGACAAACUGAUCCAGCGGUUGUUUCCCACUGAUGUGUGGAGAAUACUGCACUGAUUUAGCCAAACUGAAGGAAGAGACAUUGUAAAGCUUACUCGGUCGUGGUCUUAGUGUUGUUCUUUGAUGUGGUUGAAGCGACGGCAGUGUGGGAUUCACUAGAAGGAAAGCAACCAAAACAGGAAGGGACAGACCCGAAUGUGUCCAAUAAGGAACAUUUGUUGUAGAUUUUCCGUUGCAUAAUGUUUUGCACCGGUCGGCACUAAUGAAUAAGGCUCAGAAGACUAAAGUACGUUUUUGAGAUACUGAAAACACUCGACUGAGCACAGUUGUUAUUUAAUAAUAGGAUAAACCUCACUUAAAAAAUUAUAACAUCUAAAACAUGAUGCAUGUUUCUAAGUCCUGUUUGUUAAUUAUUAUUUUAAUAUUUUUCCUUGUCUGUGAAAUAUUUGCUAAAUUCACCUACUGUAGGGUAGGCUGUAGGUGUUAGCAGUUGGCCUUACACUGUAGCUAAUGAUGGUCUGUAGCCACGGAUAUAGACACACAAAAAAUGCAGUAACUAAAGCAACUAGCACAUGGAGGUAUGUCUCCAAUAUAUUACUGUACAUAGAAAUAUAUAUAUAUAUAAUAUUAUAUAUUACCUGAACAAAACCUAAUAUAAAAUGUGAUUUGUCUUAAUUAUACUAUAAUGAUACACUUAAUGCUAUGAAAAUUAUAUGCAAAAGACUUCGGUGGGUUAAUUAAUAAUAAUCUAUAGCAAUAGCAUGAACAAACGACAAGGCUGAGUAGCUAUGUCGGGGAUAACCGCACAAAUAAUAUAUAUUUACAUAUAUAGACUUAUACUGUGUAACUGCUGGUGACUGGCACGGAACGCGUGGGGUUACUUUAAGGAUUACUUGAGACUGUGAGAACAAAUGAUCUUAGUGCUUCCUUCCUUCCCAACCCUCUAGCCUGUUAGCCAAUUAUGUUAGUCGCUCUGUAGUUGCCGUGUCUCGCCUGCUUUAGCUUUGCCGGACCACUCCAACCAAGCCAUUCCAACAUUCUUCUGCCGUGGAGAAGAAUAUUUUAGAAGGCUCUUACUUAUUUGUUGAAUUGCUCUUGAAGGGGUUUAAAAAAUAUAUUUAUUUAAAGUUAAUUUGUAAGUGAUGAUAUUUGUUAUGAAUGCAGUGUGAUAGAAAUUAUUUUAGGUGUGUGUGUGUUUCUGUAUACACUACCGUUCAAAAGUUUGGGGUCAAUUAGAAAUGUCCUUGUUGUUGUAAAUGCAAUUAUUUUUUACAUUAAAAUAACAAAGUUGCUCAGAAAUACAGUGUAGACAUUGUUAAAUGAUGAUUGUAGCUGGAAACAGAUGGUUUUCAGUGGAAUAUCAACAUAGACGUUAGUAGGCCCAUUCUCUGCAACCACCUCAGCGUUUGUAGGUUCAAUUACAGGUUUGAAAUGGCCAGAAAACAAAGAACUUCUGAAACUUGUCAGUCUAUUUCGUUCUGAGAAAUGAAGGAUAUUCCAUGUGAGAAAAUGCCAAGAAAGUGAAGAUCUCAUACAACAAUGUUUAGUACUCCUUUCACAGAACAGCGCAAACUGGCUCUAACCAGAAUAGAGUGGGAGGCCCCGGUGCACAACUCAGCAAGAAGACGAGUACAUCCAGACAAAUAUGCCUCACUGGUCCUCAACCAGGAAGCUUCAUGAAAUAGUACUAAACACCAGUCUCAUCGUCAACGGUGAAGAGGCAACUCUGGGAUGCUGGCCUGCCUAGGCAUUAUUUUAAUGGACUAGACAUUUGCUUUGUAUUCAAGAGCAAGGACAUUUUCUAAUUGACCUGAAAACCUUUGAAUGGUGGUGUAUACAAUAGCAGCCAGAAAUCUGUACACACUUACCCAUUCAAUUGAAUAGAUAAGUGUGUCCAAACCUUUGACUUUUACUGUAGAUACACAAUACACACAUAUAGGAAGUAUAUUAUAUUUAGAAGAGUAGUUUUAUCUUUUUAUCUGCAAUACUUUAUCUUUAAUAUGCAAGACAAUAUUGAUGGGAUUUCUAUGACAGGAUGUUAUUCAGUCAAAAACAGAACAUUAAAAUCUGCACUGUGAAAAAAUUACUACUACCCUGCGAUACAUUAAACAUUUAUGUUAAGUGAUUGGUAGACUAUGAAGAUGUAACCAGAAAAUGAAUCCUUUGAUUUGAACAGUGUAAGAAAGAGUGCAGGUUUUCUAGUCUUGUCAUUGAUUGAAUCCAACCUGGGUUGCUUUUGUUUGUCCUUAGCACACAGAGACCAUUCAGUUGUUUUGUUUAGCACAGAGACCUUUCAUCUGCUCUGAUUGGCAGAGAGAGAGAGAGAAAAUGAUCCUUCCUAAAGUGUUUACCAAAGCCCUGUCUGAGUGUUAGAAUGACUGACACUUUUCAUAAAUGAACUUGUAUCAGUGUAGACUGGCUAAGCAACACCUUGUCUUUGGAUAGGCUGUGUAAGACUCACCAUAUUAUGUACACCAAUCGAAUCCUCUCAUAUCUCCACACAGGGUCUAUUUGGGAUUGAGUCCCCAACCACGUUCUCUCCGAUCCAUGAGGGAGAGAAUGAAACGCUAGCACCCACUGGCCAAUCUGAAAGGGCCCAGGGUGGUAGAGAGAGGUUUCGUUUGGGGUUGUUUUUGUCCUAAGAUCUAUGAUGGGCAUUAUCACCUGUAGGAGUUGGUGAGACAGCACAAAGCCAUCUGGCACUAGACUGAUGGGAAAUACAAGUCUGUUCAGUAGACUUUGGGACCAAUUCUGUACUGUAUAAUGUUGGUGUUGCUUCUAAAUCCCUCCCCAUUAAAGUUUCUUAAUAUCGGUUCUGUUCGGGGAUAGGUUUACACUUCUCUGUGAAAGCUAUGGUUAAAGGCACAGUUCAAUCAAAUAAAAAAAGACAUUGGUAUCCUUGCUCUAUAAGUGGCCAAGGAAUCUGGUACAAUAACACGCCUUGGUUGUUUUUCGCUGAGUAACUAAAAGUUUAGCGUUUUUUUCAGAAAUCACUUUGAAGUAAAAACGGUUGCAUUAUUUUUACAUGUACUUUUUUAUGGUCUGUAAUUGAUUGUGAACCUCAAAUAAUUUUUUCCCAAAUAAUUAUAUCUUUAACUGAUUUAAAAAAAAAAUAACAAUGUUUUGGUAGGUUUUCAGUACAUUUCCGAUUAUAUACAUUCAGACGUCUAAAAUCUGUACCAUGACAUUAACAUUUGGAAACAUUGCCAGGAAUCCCUAAACGAAGCCUGGGUGGAUGUAAAUCCUUUUCCACAGAAUCAUUAGUGACUCCAGCGUGUAAUAUGGGUCAACUGUCUUUUUAAUGGUCCACUUCUAAAAAACCUGACAGACACAGAGGAUAGAUUUGUGGAAAGAAAAGGGUUCUGUUUGUCCCCAGAAUAAUUUUUGGUUCCAGGUUGAACCAUUUGAUGAAAAAGAUGCUACAUAGGACCUCCAUGUAGAACCUUGUGUUAAUCAAUGUUUUUUUUGUUUUUUUUUUACUUUCAGAGGUUUCUCUUAUAGGGGACAAUUUAAUAACCCAUUAUUCGUUGGUAGCACCAUCUUUUCUCAGCGUGUACUUCACAUAUAUUCCAAACAACUCAGCCUGACAAAACAAAGUACACUCGUCAAAGAUCUGGUCAAGCUCACCAGACUUCCUAAACCAUCACAUGGUUGACUAGUUGCAAGUAGCAGCGCAAUGGUGUUGCAAUGAACACAUGCUGAGGUCUGAGAGAACCUAGUCGUUAGGUAUUGCGCACAUGCAAAGGUCUUGUCUUUUAAUUAAAUUUUUUUAAUAUUUUUGUUUGAUUGCAUAUGCAAAAUAGUUUUCUAAUGAACAUCUAUAGCUUUUUGAAGUGGGAUUAGAUGGAUUUAAUAGUUGAAGUUAUAUAGUGUAAUAGCCAGAUGGAACUGAGAUAUUGUAUAUGGGGAGAGUGAUGUAUAAAUGCUUAUUAUUAAUAAAACAAUUGUUCGGGAAAUCGUGAUGCUACAUACUGAGUGGAGGUGAAUAAAUCAUUUAUUUUUUCUUUACAACA